GUCCGCUCUGGCUAGUCCGAUUCGAUUCGAUUCGAUUCGAUCUGUCCUCGUAACAGCUUCUUUGCGCUCGAAGUGCUCAAUGCUGAAGUACACUCGAACUGCACACACUCUGCCUUCUGCCUUGCACAGUUUGUGUAUCAUUCAUCCCACUUCCUCUUCCAUCAAAGCCCGUUGUUGUAAAGGCGUCUAAUAGGGGUACCGGUACAGUCGUGUCAUCCUUUUCCCUUCUCUCUUCUACUUGCUCCUUUAGGCUACUUGUCUUAUCUACCGUACUGAUUGUAUUGAUCAUGUCUUUGUCUCAGACCCAGGAAGAUCUUCUUCGUCAACUCAAGACAAACCGGAAGACAGGUCUCUCGACGGAUGAUGCCGCUGAAAGACGAGAAGAAGACGGGGGCUUCAAUGUGGUAGAUCCGCCAAUCAACUGUCCUGCUUGGGUUUGUUGUUUGCUACCAUGCAUCAAAUCAAUCCCCAGCAUGAAGACCUUUCGAAUGAUCAAGCCAGAAGACGCGGAGGUACUAAGGGACGGUCAUUGGAUACGAUACGAUGCCACGAGCCUAGUUCGAGGGGAUAUUAUAAGGUUGGAAGAGGGCGACAUUGUCCCUGCCGACUGUACUGUCCUAUCGGUUGAUGAUGGCCAAAUGCUCGUGGAUGGGCGGUAUGUCACUGGGGAGGACAAGCCCCGGAGCUGCGAGAAGAAGGCUUUCAAACCUAUACAAUUGUUCCUCGGCUCGCAUGUGGUGCAAGGCUCUGGGGAGGCGGUGGUCACUGCAAUUGGCCCAAAUACAAAACUCGCUACUGUGAUUCGAGAAAAGAGAUUUCCACCCCAAACACACAUGACGGAUGAAGUUUGCUACUUGGAUGAAGACCCUGAUUCAGGUAUUAGUCUUGCGACGAUAUACCUCCAGUCUUGAAUGACUCAGGGUACACGUACUUUGGUCAGCCUCAUUGGCGUCAACUUUGUGGUACCCACUGACACAUUUGGCCCAUAAAAUAUUGUAGCUACAACCUGCUCUAUAUCCUGCUAAGCCUCAGGUAUCUAUG